AUGGGUAAAUCGACUGUGAGGGAAUGGACACCGCAGAAGAGUAUUAGGGUUGUAGUAUGGAAGGGUAAACCUACUAACAGAGGAGACAAAGGCCGGUGGGUUGACAUGGCAUGCAACCAACGUGCUCGACAAAAUCAGCAAUCUCCAAGUAAAUCAACAUCACGUCAAUCACAAAGGAUGUUAUACAACGACGGAGAUGCACAACAUGAUAUAGGCGAUAUGGCUGUGUCUCCUCCAGCAUUGCCAAAGUCCCUGAGCCAGAAUGACUAUCUUCGGCAAUGGCAACUCAGAACUGAGGAGUAUCUCAUGCUACUGCUGGAACGAGAAGCACCGCCUGUAGGCCGGGCAUGGAAACCUUUGUAUUGCUCCAACUGCUGCCGUACCGAGCACAGAAGAUUGCCAUUUCAUAAAAUUUCUCAAUGGAAUGGGACAUACUUUGAGGAGUCCUCCCUAACGAAGGCUGGCCUAGAAUUUUAUCUCGGCCAUGGUGGCGAACCAUGCCCGAGUGAUCUGGACAUUCUCAAUGGUGAUGUCUUUGACUGGAUUGAGACCGAUGAUUAUAUUGACCCAGACGACAUUCCUCCAGAGACUGUGACAACAUGGGUCAGUGACAAGAAGGCCACGACAAUAGUAGACAAGACUGGGGUUCACUCGCUCAUCUUGAGAUAUUGUCAAUGCCACAAUUCUCUUAGCCCAGACAGGCAGCUCUUUCAGAUGGGAAUGUUCCCAGCCACAUUCACCCACCUGAAGACAGCCUUUACAUUUUCUGGGCUUGACAACUACCUCCUUGAUAAUCUGGAAUGUGGGACGUCGGCCAUGAACCAUUUUAGCAAGUUAAGACGAAUGACCUCCAGCGUUUUUCCCCAUAUUGUCCCUGACCGCUAUCGGGAGUUGAUGAGAGUUUCUAGACAAUGGCGCCAACUAAAAUGCCUGAAGCGGAAUGGCUUUGGGCAUGAAGCACGUAAACCAAAACCAGGAGAACUGGCCCUAUUCUGCCCAGCAUGCCCACAGCCUGGUAUUAAUAUGACUCUCCCAGACGCAGAUACGGCCGACCGAGAUCCUAACGCUAAUUGGUUGUAUACUUGGUCGCUGGUCAUGGAUGGGAAUUUUAAGGCCAAGCAUUUGCACAUGGCAAAUCCCAACAACGAAGUUUGGUUGAUGGAUGGUCAUGGCUUUAUGGUUGGCAAAGACCGAUACAAGCUGCAUCUUGACCAGGCUAAGGACCACCUGGAAUGA